AACCACAACACGCCACUCCUGUCCUUCCCUCGCUCGCCCCUUGAGGCCACCUGGCGGUCGAGGCGGGAAAUAAGGAUAGAGACGCAGGGUUAUCUUGGCGUCCACAAGUUCUCUUCCUUCUCCUCGUACCCAAGCCAGAGAGGUGAAGCAGCUCGAAGGAAGGAACAAAGGAAGAAAGGAAGGAUGGCAAGUAAUUUAAAAGUGCAUAUGCUUCGGCUUCUUCCUGGACAAGAGGUGAAGGAGACGCUGGAGGAGUACGUGCGCUGCCAUGCUCCCAGGGGUGUCUUCGUUAUGACCUGCUGCGGCUCCGUCACCUCAGCCACGCUCCGCCUCGCUGCUGAUACCAAUGGGGAGACCAACAAGAUCAAGACCUACAACCAGCACUUUGAGGUCCUCAGCCUGUCGGGGACGCUGAGCAAGGGCGGCACACACCUGCACAUCUGCCUGAGCGACAACGAAGGAGACACCGUAGGAGGGCACGUGAUGGGCGGCCUCCGGGUCUUCACAACCAUGGAGGUCGCCCUUGGGGAACCCCUUGACCUCACCCUUGACCGUACCUUCGACGCCUCCACUGGCUUCCCGGAACUCACCGUCACCAGGGAUGCGGAGGGCAGCGGUUCUCAAGACUAACAGGAGGAGGAUAGCAUUUCUCACACCAGCAGAAGGAGGGUAGCGUUUCUUAGACCAGCAGAAGGAGGGUUAGUUAUGAUGAAGACAUACGAAGGUUAUCACUCUUUCAAAGUCAGGAGAUGGGUAAUGGUUUGUAGUAUUGUAAGACCACCAGCUACUACUACUACUACUACUGCUGCUACUACUACUACUACUACUACUACUACUACUAGUUACACUGCUACUGUUACUACUAUUGUUACUACUGCCACUACUAUUGUUACUACUGCUACUACUAUUGUUACUACAGCUACUACUACUACUACUACUAUAACUACUGCUACAAAUGCUAUUGUUACUACUGCUGCUAUUGCUCUCUACUGCAAUAACAACAACAACUACUGCUACUACUAUUACUACUACUAUCUCUGGUGCAGGAGAGAACUCGCUGCUACAUUACUUUUCAAAAUAAACACUACAGUUAUUU